AUGAGCAACGCCGAAGAUAACAACGCCGGGGUAGAGGAGAAGGUGUAUCGGUAUUGUGGGCACACAUUAAAGAUCACGAUGUUUAAAGGAUCUUCCUUAGGUCUUUCUGCUUAUGUCUGGGGACCUGCACUUGUACUCUGCCAGUACUUUCAGGAUAAGAAGCUUGAUUUUACUGGGAAGAAGGUGCUUGAACUGGGUUCUGGCACUGGAAUUGUGGGAAUUUUGGCAGCACUUCUGGGUGGACAAGUCACUAUUACGGACGUGCCCGAUGUUUUGAAGCAAAUACAGUACAAUGUCGAUGUUAACAUCCCAGACGCCUCCAAACAUCGUUCAAAAGUCCGUGCCCUUCAUUGGGGUACCGAUCAGGAUAACUUCCCGUCCGACUAUGAUUUCAUUCUUGGAUCGGAUAUUGUGUAUAGCCCUUCACUCUUCCCGGGUCUUAUACAGACACUUGUGCAUUGCUGCAAUGAAAACACCACCAUUUACUUGUCUACUAACAUGCCUGCCAGAAUGGGGACCGAGAGUUUCCACAAGGAGCUUAUAACAAGGCAAUUCGACAGUGAGCUCGUUUAUACAACCGGGAUUAUCUGUAUUUACAAAGUGACCAAAAAACGCGCGAGAUAA